ACCAGUUAGUCCACGUUUGACUUGUCGGAUUGUCAAGUUCACCAUCCAAGCGAUAUCGGAACAUGGCGAGAGCGAGUUCCUUCUUUUCAAAAUUGUAAAUUAUCUGUUCCCUACUCUUUGUUUGAAUAUAGUAAUUCUAGAUAAGAACAAAGGAUUAUUUAUACUAAAUAAGAAUGGCUCAUCUCAACAUAAGACGCCAGAGAAAGUGGUUUGGCACUCUGUGUUUGCUGUGUUUAGUGACAUUCGCUAUACUCAGGUAUGUGACAAAUUUUGAAAUUCUACCGACACAUUUAAUGAGUACACUACAAGGCAACGAAACAAGAGGAGACACAAUUAUCAGACGACAUGAGAUCAAGAUUAAAACUGAAUCAGUUACAGAUGAAACCACACAAGAGGAAAACACAGUGCUCUGGCCAUCGCUUAGACAUACAAACAUAACAAUGGAAGAAAUAAAAUCUAAAAUAAAUAGAAGUCGAGAGGCUGCGAUGCGAGAUAAUCACUGCGCCUUGGUUUAUAACAGUUCCCGCCAGGCGUGGAGAUCUUCGUCCGACGCACCAAAAGACACACGAGCGGAAGAUUUUUAUAGGAUAGACUCCGCCUCCAGAUGUGGUGUAUUUGAUUUUGAAGAACUGAUGAAACCACCACCAUCAAUACAUCUCUCAGCUUGGGAAAAAGACUAUCUUUCGUCUCCGCACGUUAGCAGCCCACGGGACAUCGCGUCGCCCAUUCAUUCCACCAUAGAACUUAUAACCCCUUUAGGAAUAAACAACUCCCUGGUCAUGGGGUCAGAGGUCAAAUUUAAAGUAACUCUGUUCAACUAUAAAAAAGAGCUCAGAACUGAAGGAGGAGAUCAAAUCAACGUUUGGGUAACCAGCGAUGACCCCAAGGCUUCUGUAGCGGCUGACGUCGUCGACAACAGAAAUGGCACCUACACGGCCUUGACCCGUCUUCCAUGGUGUGGCAAGGUUAAGGUAAUGGCCGUGAUCGCUCAUCACAGAGAAAUGUUUCGAAUGGACUUCUACACGCAGAGAAUCUUCAAAGCUUCUUAUUUGUUCGCUGGGAGUUUUAUCAAUGACAAAGUGGCCGAGUUCACGCCUUGUUCUCCCCUUCCUUACAUCCCCGGACACGCCAGCGAGGAACUGUGCAAUCUAACCGAACUCAACGGAGAGCCAUGGUACUGUGCUAGGCCAGUCAAAGUAAAGUUUCUCAAUUGUUCACAUUUUUCGGGGACCAGAAGAUUUAAUAACUUCGAUAAUCUGCCCCUGUCUGAAACUGAGACCUGGUUGAGGGCUAUUAAUAGAACUAACACACCUCUGCACAUCGCCAACAAUAUAUCUCUCAAUGUGAUCCCUGAUGUGACAUCGAAAGAAACAACUUUGCCUCUACCAAAACUGAGAUGCGACGAAAGAGAUUUGUCCUCAACAUUUGACGACACCAAUUCUUGUGGAUAUUUCUAUAAAGACGAAUGGAGACCUUUCACCUGCCAGCUGCCGCCAUUAAACUCUUCAUCCAUCGUUCAGUGUUUGUCAAAACGAAAGGUUAUUUUUGUAGGUGAUUCGAACUCCAGGGCUCAGUAUGAGAGCCUCACGGAUCUAGUGAAAUGUAUACAGAAAGUGGAAAGAACAAAAACAGCGUGGCACGCCACAUUGCUGUGUGAGGACGAAACGAACAACAUUUCCAUUUCAUAUCUUGUGCACAGUUAUCCAUUUCUAGCCUCCCAUGGCGAGGAGCUGCCUAUUGGAAGAACUGUCUCAGACACAAGAUUGCUUGAUUCUAUUCCUUCGAACGGGAAGUACAUCCUUCACUUUCACCAUUUCCUUCACCUCGCCCCGUAUCAUCUGUCGGUGGCAGAGACCCGCCUGAAUCUAAUCCGAGAUGCCGUGAAGCGCCUGUUAGACAGAAACCCUCACGUGAUCAUUCUUUACCAAUCAGCGCACUACGUCUCCGGAUUGAAUUUCUGGACGAGGGGUGGCAUAUUUUACGUGGAGCUGCAGAAGCGAAUCCUGAGGGGGCUCGGAGAUAGGGUGAUGUUUGUGUUCACCUGGCCCAUGACCAUAGCAGCGGACAAUGAUGACUUCCAUCCACACAUCGCCAAAAGUUUUACGCACUUAUUUACCGGACAUAUAUGUGGACGACUCCUUAAGAGCACACCCUAGUCUAGUGUCCAGCUUGUUUUAGAAUAUUUCGGACGAUCUCUUCAGAAAGGAAGAUUAUAACGUCAUAGUCCUGACGUCAGGAGAGGGCAGUAGGCGGGUUCGAAAUCGGACUAUCACUAUGACAGUUCGAAGCGCUUACCACACCACCAGGCACUUAUGGUGAAUAUGAGUGAGGCCAGUCAUCAUAGUAGGCCUCAGAACUAACCCUCAACUUCGCAACUUAAGGGAAUUUCAGACCAGUAGCUCGUUGCCAGGUCACAGGACUAGUAUCUCGAAGCGUAUACCACAAGACCAGGCACUUAUGGUGAAUGUGAGUGAGACCAGUCAUCAUAGUAGGCCUCAGAACUAACCCUCAACGUCGCAACUUAAGGGAAUUUCAGACCAGCAGCUCGUUGCCACGUCACAGGACUAGCAUCUCGAAGCGCAUACCACAAGACCAGGCACUUAUGGUGAAUAUGAGUGAGGCCAGUCAUCAUAGUAGGCCUCAGAACUAACCCUCAACUUCGCAACUUAAGGGAAUUUCAGACCAGUAGCUCGUUGCCACGUCACAGGACUAGCAUCUCGAAGCGCAUACCACAAGACCAGGCACUUAUGGUGAAUGUAAGUGAGGCCAGUCAUCAUAGUAGGUCUCAACACUAACCCUCAA